AGUUACUACAGAGUACAGAGUAAUACCGAACCCGCCAUACACAUCCCCUGCCAGAGCCAUCCAAACAGGACGCGCGGUUCACCCAAAACAUCUUCGGUGAAAUGCGGUCAAAUUGAAUCGAGCAAAGCCUCUUGUACGGUGACGUAUUCUGACUCUCUGACACCGAAAAUUGCAAAAGCUAUUCUCUGGAACGUUAGCGGGGGAUCAACCCACGCCAAGAUGGAAGUUAGCAAUAGAAACAAGCAGGAGGAUGCCGCUGUUUUCCUGGACCGAGCUUCUCGAGCAACCAGAGGCAAACGGAUGACCAAAUUGGUAGAUGAAGAGGUAGAAGAUGAUGAGCUGUUCUGGAAUCAAGAUGCCCUCAAAGAGGAGGACAUUGAUCAAGAAUAUGAAGAAGAAGCAGAAGUUGUUGAUGUUUUUGAUAGUGAUUUUGAUGAAGAUGAACCCGAGGCUGAUGAAGAUGGCGAGAAUGAACCAGAUGACAGGAACCGGACAAAAAAGCGGUUAAUAUAUCCUGGAAAAUCUUCAGGCACAAAGAAAAAGAAAAAGAAACUAGUUCCAAAGCUAGAGAUGACAUCACAAGACCAAAAAGAUCCCGAUCCUUCCACGCCUUCUGAACAUCAUGAUGCACCUGAUGAUGUUGAAGAGGAGAAAACAAUUAGAAAAUCAACGAGAACUUCCGUCAUUGUAAGACAAGCUGAAAGGGAUGCAAUACGUGCAGCAUUGCAAGCAACAAUUAAGCCAAUAAAAAGGAAAAAGGAAGGCGAAGAGAAAAAAAUGAGUCAAGAAGAGAUGCUUCUGGAGGCUGCCCAGACAGAGAUCAUGAAUUUGAGGAACUUGGAAAAGGUUUUAGCAAGGGAAGAAGAAGUGAAAAAAAGGGCCAUUGUUCAUAAAGCAGUUUAUAGUGGCCCCUUGAUAAGAUAUCUCUCAAAAGAUGGUUGUUCAUACCUAGAAUUUAAUAAUGGUGCAUCAUUUGAGGCAGAACUCUUAACUUUAUCUACUCCAUACCCACAGAAAGCAGUGUGUGCAGUUACUGGGCUCCCAGCUAAGUAUCGUGACCCAAAGACGGGCCUACCUUAUGCAACAAAAGAGGCAUUCAAGAUCAUCCGUGAACAGCAUUCAAUGAAUAAAGCCAACAGGACGGUAGAGAAAGAAGGUGCUAAUGUACUACUGAUCAAUGCCAUUUCUGGAUCAGGAUUUUCUAAUAGACGAAAAAGGUCAUCAAAGCCCCCUCAAAGUAGAGAAAUGUCGUAUUCCAGAGUUUUUGCACGGUUUCGUAGGAUGCCCUCCAUCGAAAUUGAAGACUCAUCAGAGUAGCAGCUAAAGAUUUUCCGUUCCAGAUAUGCAUCCUCAUUUUCCUAAUCAUGAUGGAAUUAUUAUUAUUUUCUUUAUUUUCCUUUAUCUUGUCCAGGAUGGAUGUAAUAUAUGGAAAGAGUAGAAAGUCAAUAAGGUAUAAUUUUGUAUGUUAGGAUUAAUCAAUAGAAAGCAAAGAAAAGUCUUUCCUGUUUUUUUAUCCUUUGUGUAUCAAGUCAUAUUGUUGUCUAAUUACCCAAAUUGAUUUGCAAUAUCAAUAUUUUUUGGCCCAUCAAUAUUGAAGUUAAAUAUUUUAUUCA